ACACUCUGGCUGGUUUUGGACUAUGUGUCAGAUGCCCUCUACUGCAUGGACAUCUUUGUGAGAGCCAGGACAGGUUUUCUGGAGCAAGGACUUCUUGUAAAGGAUGCAAAGAUCCUGAAGGAAAAGUACAUGAAGACACCCCAGUUCAAGUUAGACAUGUUAUCAGUGAUUCCUACCGACAUUGUUUUCUUCUAUAUCGGAAUCAACAACCCAGAGUGGAGAUUCAACCGGCUGUUUAGGUUAGGCCGUCUCUUUGAGUUCUUCGACCGGACUGAAACGCGAACCAAUUUUCCAAACAUCUUCCGAAUCGCUAAUCUUGUACUUUACAUCAUCAUCAUCAUCCACUGGAAUGGGUGCCUGUACUUUGCCAUCUCAAAAAUACUUGGUUUUGGGUCAGACACAUGGGUCUACCCCGGGCCGAAAAAACCAGAGUUUUCUCAGCUGUCCAGACAGUACAUUUAUUCCUUUUACUGGUCCACUCUUACCUUGACCACUAUUGGUGAGACACCACCGCCGGUCCGAGACGUUGAAUACUUUUUUGUCGUGGUUGACUUUCUUACUGGGGUUUUGAUCUUUGCAACAAUUGUUGGAAAUGUUGGAGCCAUGAUCUCCAACAUGAAUGCUGCACGUGUAGAGUUCCAGGCGAAGAUUGACUCUAUCAAGCAGUACAUGCAAUUUCGAAAGGUCACUAAAGACUUGGAGGCGAGGGUGGUGAAGUGGUUUGACUACCUGUGGACUGAGGGGAAAACCUGCGAUGAAAAGCAGGUGUUAAAAAAUCUGCCAGACAAGCUGAAGGCAGAGAUAGCCAUUAACGUACAUCUGGAAACCCUAAGAAAAGUGCGCAUCUUUCAAGACUGUGAAGCUGGUUUGCUUAUUGAGUUGGUCCUGAAGCUUCAGCCUCAAGUUUUCAGUCCUGGGGAUUACAUCUGUAAGAAAGGGGAUAUUGGUAGGGAAAUGUAUAUCAUCAAAGAAGGAAAGCUCGCUGUAGUAGCAGAUGAUGGUGUUACCCAGUUUGUGGUCCUUAGUGACGGAGCUUAUUUUGGAGAAAUCAGCAUCCUUGGGAUCAAAGGUAGUAAGGCAGGUAACCGAAGAACAGCUAACAUUCGAAGCGUGGGCUAUUCUGAUCUCUUUGCCCUGUCCAAAGAUGAUCUCAUGGAGGCACUAACAGAGUAUCCUGAUGCUAAGAAUGCUCUGGAGGAGAAAGGAAGGGCCAUUCUGAUGAAAGACAAUCUCAUAGAUGAGUCGCUUGUCGCUGCUACCGAUGCUAAAGACUUGGAGAACAAAGUCGAUCAGAUUGAAGCCAGUUUCGAAAUCAUGUCAGCAAAAUUUCGAAAGCUGACAAAUCAAUACGAUUCCUCUCAGCGUAAACUCAAGCAGCGCCUCAGUAAUUUAUCAAACCAGUUCAGAAGCCUCAGAGUAGAUGAGUAGAGGUUGGCCAUCAGUACUACAUAGGGAGUGUCUUCUUUACAGGGACUAGUACACUGCAUCCGCUCAGUACUUCCAAAGAUGCAAAAAUAAUAAGACUGCCCUCAAACAAUGUUUCCACACAUAGACGACAACAACGGGUCGUACCACCACGUGGAUCAUUAUGUCUUUUCUUGUGUUAGUGAUAACAAUAACAGGCUGCACGCGAUGAUCAGAAACAUGUGGAGGGACAAACCUGGAAUAAAAGCAAAGACAAAGCUGCCACCAAUCAACAGCAGCAGUCAAGCAGGUUCUACAGGAGCACUACUUUAGCAUCGGUGUGAGCAUCCAACCAAUACUGGUGGGAAACGUUUUCUUUACUACUCUGCCCAGAAUCCCAGAGCGGCUCGUUCAGCAACGACACCAUGACCUGGGCUUUGCACAUAC